AUGUUAACUUCAAUGUUAACUCGGAAACUUGCAGUUGCAGUCCUGGGUCCCAGAAUGUCAUAUGGCAAUAGUGGUGCCAAAGGUGGUGGCGAGUUCACUCACAAAUUGUACUUUGAUCCUAGAGCCGAUCAAUCAGAUACAGGUGGCUAUUGGAUUACGGAUGACCAACUUCGCGAAAAAUUGGCAAACUUAAUUGACACCGAAGAAAGGAUCCAAAAGGCCUCCGUCUACAGCCAUCCGCUUUCUUCGUUGCAAGUAACGAACGCACUGCUUUUUCACGCGUUCAUUAUAAUGGAAACGAACAAUUGGUGGUGGUCAAUCGAGAAAAACAGUGAAUGCAUCACGAUUCAACGCUCGAAGAAACUCGAGAGUGUUCGUGACAUGUACCAAAGGAAGAAACGGACGACUGGCUUUGGUCCGUUGACAAAAAUCAGGAAGAAUGAAACGACAGAAGGCGGCAAUACAACAAUCAAAGAACUCAUCAACUACAUUUGGAGGAAAGACUGUUUAAAUGACGUUUACCAUCUUCUCGAGGCGAAUUGCCAAACAUUUGCUGCUAUGGUUUUUGAUCGCAUCAAAUCACCAUACAAUGAUCAAGUCUAUUUUGACGAGGCUGCCGAUCAACCCCGAUAUUCAGCAAAUAGUUGCUACAUGAAUGUGGAUCAAGUGUUCAGCGAAGUGCAACGUUUAAGCGCUUCAGAGACUUUUACUCGAUUAGAGAUUUAUAAAGUGUCAAUAAAGUCAUGGAACAUCCCCGAUUUUUUUGUGCCAAACUUUUUGGUUCUCUUUAGACAAAUAUCUGGAUUCUUUUUGCAUCAUUACUUCGUGAUUUUUGAAACGGACGAGGGAACUUACUGGUCGUUCGAACGAUUACCGACUCGUUUCACCAUUCAGCGAGCCAGAAAUAAAGACAUCCUUUUAAAAGAAUGUCAACGGAAAUCACGCGACACUUUUCUCGUUAAAGCAAAUUUAGAAAAGUCAAAUGUUGCUGUGUGGCAGGAUAUGAAUGCAGUUUUGGAAUUCAUCUGGAAGGGGAAGAUACGGGACAUAUUUUACUUGCCCGCAGCAUUUUGCGGCCAAACAGCUUUGCGAAUCUACGAUCAAUUUAAAAGGAAAUAAUGUCUUUCUUUUAAGCACAGCUAACACCAAUGCAACAAGGUUUGCACUGUAUUUACUGUCCAAGAAAUCCUGUACGAACCACUGAGCUUUAAUACAAACUAUGAGCUAUUCUA